UGGCUUCCGUACGAUCUGUUACACACGCCAUUUUCGAUCGAUUCUUGAAGGUCGCGAAAUUUGAGUUGUGAUUUUGAUCCAUCGGAAUCUGUCGCCGGCCGGCGGUUGAGGGACGGUUGAAGAACGACUGGAAAUCUGUGAAGCUGCGGCGGCUCUCUGUGUAUCUUCUGGUGAUGGAUGAUAUUAUUGGUUGAAUCUCCGGAUCUGAAGUUACAUUUAAUUUGAUUUUUUGUUUCUUUUGUAACAAAAAUAAAUAAUAAUCGUUAUGAUUAAGAAUAAUGGGAAGAAAUUUUGGGAUGAAGUUGAAGUCAUGUAUUCGUGUUUUCUUGUACAUAAAGAGAUUAAUUCAAUUUUUAUGUAAGAAAUUUGAACGUCA